UGCGCCUCCGUAGUUAUGGUUCGUUCAUUUUAACGGACCGUGUGUUGUUUAGUAAACGUUUGCUAGCCUACCUCAAAUAACGCCGAACAAAUUGUAAUGGUAACGUGUAAGAGGUGAUUUCAACGUUUUAAACAUGUCAGAGAAAGGCGAAGUGGAUUUGACUGGUGCUAAACAGAACACCGGCGUGUGGCUGGUAAAGGUGCCCAAAUACCUGUCCCAGCAAUGGGCCAAAGCAUCAGGCAGGGGAGAGGUCGGGAAACUCCGGAUCGGCAAGAACCAAGGGAAAGCAGAGGUGGCAUUCACUCUGAAUGAAGACCUGACGAUGAUUGACAGCCUGGGGGACAAGCCAUCAGGGGUGCAGGCCCCCAGGGACCACCCGUUCACCAUGCAGACUGUAGGAGGACAGACUCUGGCCGUGUUCACUGAGACCCAAUCAGAGUCAUCUAAGGGCCAGUCAGAAGAGAGAUCUGAUGGCAGCACCUCCGUUUCGGGGGCGGGGACAGGACCAGACAAAAUCUCCCUGGAGGGAGUGGUGGUCCAGAGAGCGGAGUGUAGACCUGCUGUCAGUGAGAGCUACAUGAAACUCAAGAGACUGCAGAUGGAAGAAUUGUCCAAGCCAGUGAGAUUGUCUCAGCAACUAGACAAGGCUGUUACCACCAACUACAAACCAGUGGCCAACCAUUCCUACAACCUGGAAUAUGACAGGAAGAAAAAGGAGGAGGGGAAAAGAGCGCGGGCGGACAAGCAGCAGGUGUUGGACAUGUUGUUCUCAGCCUUUGAGAAACACCAGUAUUACAACAUCAAGGACCUGGUGGACAUCACCAAACAACCUGUGAGUUACCUGAAAGAGAUUCUUCGUGACAUCGGCAUCUACAACGUGAAGGGAACCCACAAGAACACGUGGGAGCUGAAGCCAGAGUACAGACACUACCAGGGAGGAGAGGAAGGGAAGGAUGCCGACGACUAGCCAGGGUCUGGGGCUCCGUGGCUGGGCCCGACUAGCCAGGGUCUGGGGCUUCGUGGCUGGGUCCGACUAGCCAGGGUCUGGGGCUCCGUGGCUGGGCCCGACUAGCCGGGGUCUGGGGCCGACUAGCCAGGGUCUGGGGCUCCGUGGCUGGGUCCGACUAGCCAGGGUCUGGGCCUCCGUGGCUGGGUCCGACUAGCCAGGGUCUGGGCCUCCGUGGCUGGGCUGGGUCUGGGUCUGGGGGGCCUCCAGCCUCCUGGAGAGCUCACCACUGGAUGGGAGGGUCGUUGGUUUUAUAGACGUUAACAUUUUUUUAUAAUGAUGCAGAGAAAUAAAACAGUAAAGUUA